UCGCCUUUGCUGCUGUUUUCUCACAAAGGAUAGUGCGUUCUCAGUAUGAAGACGUCCCUAGUGUUCGGGUUGGCGGUGGUUAUCCUGGGUUUGGCCGUGGAAGCCAACGGUUUGAGGAUCUGUCCUUAUGGAGUGUCUGAGGAUAACGGCGUGACUAUGUGCCAGGACCCUCUACUCACGGGGGCCUGUGGUGUCUUCCAAGGAGAAGUGAAGUCGUUUACCCCUGUGUGCCUGUGGCGCAUGAACCGCUACCGCCGCCUGCACAACGCGCAUGCGCUGCAGUGGGACCGCGCCCUCGCAACCUCCGCUGAGAGGUGGGCUAAAAACCUCGCGAGUGACAACGAGAUCGCGGACACAGGUAGCGGCGACGACGAGAACCAACUGUUCCAGUUCCCGGCUGUCCCGUGCGAUGCCGCUGUCAACACGUGGUACAGCGUGGUCGCCUGCUAUCACCCGGACUCUCCAGGGCCGAACUUCGCAAACAUCGCGCACUUCGCACAGAUGGUGUGGAAGGGUUCCCGUCGCGUCGGGUGCGGUGUGGCCGGACGCUACAUGUGUUGUAACUACAACCCACACGGCAACACCCUGACCGCCGACGCCUUCCUACAAAACGUGGAGAUCCCCCGCGGCUGGACUCUACCCGCAGGCCUAAAGCCGCCCAGCAAGUGUAGCAAAACAUCCAACCGAGUUGGCCAUUUCAGUCAGGCGAAUGUGAUUGGUCAACGCUUGGGCACAGGAUAUGACGACAUGUUCAAUAAUGUGGUGUGA